AUGAGGCUAGUGGAUGUGCCUGCAGUGUCUGAUGAUGUGAAAGCUGAGGCCAUGGCGAGCCUGACGAAGUUGGUUCGCAACAGAAGGAACGUCCCCGUCUUGGCUGUGCCCCAGUUCAAACGCCUGCCAGACUUCUGGGGAUGGUACAAGUACUUUAUGGACACCCACAACCAGGAGGGAGUUGAGGAUCUGGAUCGUCUCUACAUGGCCUACCUGCAGAACAAGCACAGGUCAGAGGAGGGACCAACCUUCAACCACUACCUCAAGCACCUCAGUGAAAUCUACAAGACUUGUGCUGAUUCUGAUGAUCCAGAGUGCAUCGCUGAGUCUACCAGCAAGCCAAAGGCAGCCGUGGUGAUGCCUGCCCCCAUUAAGUCUGCUGCCGUCAGGCUGUGCAACCCUUACCUUGACCCGUACUGCCUCUUCCCCCUCGUCCCCAAGGCUGCUGCCCCAGAGCCUGAACCAGCCCCAGCUCCAGCCAAGGUGCCGGCCCCUAUCCUCACCCCCUUGCUGCCCCCCUUUCCCCUGAAGAGCCCCACUGGCUUCUAUUACUAUGCCCCCGUCCUGGAGCCCUUCCUGAGUGCUGAGCAGAGGGCUGAGCUGCUGAGGAUCUGCAAUGCUGAAGAUGUGGAAUGUCUGCAGUAUCACCUGAGGGCAGCUUAUGGCUACCGCCCGGCCCCUGCUACUCCCCCGUCCUAUGCCGCUCUCAAAUGUGACCCAAAGGACCCCUACUGCAUGCCAACCCUGGUCCACAAAGCCCCUACUGGCUUCUACCACCUGCUCUAUCCCAGCUGUGACCCAGCAGUCGAUCCCCUGUGUGUGACCAACGUUGCUGCGCCUGCUCCCCUCGCUGCAGAGGAGGCCCCUAAAGAGCAACACUGCAACCCUCUCUUUGACGCUGGCUGCAACCCUCUGACCGCCACCAAGCUGUCCGGCCUCACCAAGCCCGUGCUGGAGUACGCCCCGAGGGACGAGCCUGCACCUCCUGCUGCUCCUCUGUCCUGCGACCCUCGCUCUGACCCAUUCUGCAUACUGGCAGCUGCUGCUGCCCUGCGCAAGCCUCCUCCGCAGAUCCCCGAGCACCAGGUCCGCUACAAGCUCGGUGUCCGCGGCAAGACCAAGGAGGGCUAUGACUGCUAUGUGCACUAUGACAAAGACUGCACCCCGGUGAAGUCUGGCCUCAAGGCCAAGGCCGAGAUCAAGGCUCCUUCCAAGCCGUUCUGCCAUCCAUUCGACCCCAACUGUGGCAAGUUUGCUUCACCCUCCGGUGUUGAGGCCCCGAAACCCAGCAAGGAUGGCAUAAUCCUGCCUGACCCCCACUGCGACCCGGAGUAUGACUACAACUGCCGUCUGCGUCGCGCUGAGCCCGCCGCUGAUGAGCCCGCCGCUGAUGAGCCUACUGAGGAGAAAGCCGCCGAUGAGCCCACCAAGGAGGUCACUGUACCACGAUUUGAGGACUUCCUCAGGGGAGUCAUGAGCCAACACAAGUAG